CUCCAUCCGGCAGCACCCGUUGCCGGUGACCCUGCGCCCUCCCAGCUCCUGGCCCGAGCUAUGUGCUCCCUGGGGACACGGGCCGCUGUCGCAGGGCGCCGAGGGCGUACGCAGGAGCGAAGCCUGGUCCUUCAAAGACCACCGCGGAGUUCUGGGAGUGGAGCUAGGGGCUGUCCCGCGCUCGGGAAGGGGGGCAUCGGGAGACCGGGCCCUGCUUCUCCCCCUCCUAUCGGUCCCGGCUCGCUGGCUCCGGCGUGGCCUCAGGGUCGCGGGUGGACUGGGCAGGGGAAGAAGCACCCACCCUCCGCAACGGUUUCCAGAGCUCCCGCCAGGGGGCGUCCGGACCGCUCUCGGACUCCUCGGCAAAAUCACUGCGGGGCGCUGGCAGCCCCCGCUGGGGUGCGACGAGGCCCCCUGCGUGGCCCUCCACCCAACGCGACCCCCUGCCCCACGGAUGCAGCGCCAGACCCCGACAGCGUUUACGCAGCGUGUCCCUCCCAAAGGCCGUAACCUAGAGGUGUUUGCGCGGGUUUGAAUCCUGUGGCCUCGAAUUUUACCACCUUGGUUCCAGGCCCAGGGCAAGGCAAUGCCGAAUUUAGGACGCUUGCCAGCCCUUCGGGAACUGGAGGUUUUCAUAGUCUUUUAUUGCUACCCUUAGCGGGGAGAGGUCCUGACCUCUUUACCACCCCCUCAUCACUGUCCCCUAUGCCCGAGGGAGGCCUCCCAGCAACAGGACUGUGGGGAGGAUGAAAUCGCCCACAGCAAAAUCAUGGGGGAGGGGUCCCAGGUGGGGAGAAGAGGCCCCUCUGUGAGGAAGGGGCAGAAGGGACGGAGGGGACAUGGGCAGUGCCUGGCAGGCUCAGCAUGUCUAUACUGUGUCCUAACCACACAGUCCUGUCAGCCAGCCUGGGAAGCAGGGCCCUCCCCUGACCCUCAUUUGGGCCUGGGCCAAAAUUUUCUCCUCUCUGCAGUGGGGGUGACCAUUGGCCUCGAGGUGAGGGAAGCAUGUGAAGGGUGGCUACUCUCUCCUCGUAGACAUGCCAGGCCUGAUCCAGCCUCCACCCCUUUGCUCAUGCAGCCCCUGACCACUUGUUCCCAUUGCCAAACUGGCCCAUCCUAGGCUGAUCAGGGUCCUCCUCCUGCAGGAAGCCCUCUGUGACCAGCCCAGCUUGCUGUAACCAUGGCUCUCCACUGCGGCCUGCAACGUGGGAGGUUGUUACUUGAGCUCCCAUGACAGGUGGACUUCAGUUCCGCAAAGCAAGGCCAUGCUCCCCUGGAGGCACUCACUUAAGGAUGCCCACCGCCGCCACCCAGUGAGGAGGGGGCCACAGCCCUGGCGUGAAGCUCCUCCCAGCAGCCCGGCAACUGCCCCGACCGCCCAGGAGGCCCCUCAGCCUGCCACCGGCCCCAGACCUCCCCGCUGCGGCGUGCCUGACCCGCCGGACGGGCCGAGCGCCCACAACCGACAAAAGCGGUUCGUGCUGUCAGGCGGGCGCUGGGAGAAGACGGACCUCACCUACAGGAUCCUCCGGUUCCCAUGGCAGCUGGUGCGGGAACAGGUGCGGCAGACGGUGGCAGAGGCCCUACAGGUAUGGAGUGAUGUGACGCCACUCACCUUUACCGAGGUGCACGAGGGCCACGCUGACAUCAUGAUCGACUUCACCAGGUACUGGCAUGGGGACAACCUGCCGUUUGAUGGACCUGGGGGCAUCCUGGCCCACGCCUUCUUCCCCAAGACCCACCGAGAAGGGGAUGUCCACUUCGACUAUGACGAGACCUGGACAAUCGGGGACAACCAGGGCACAGACCUCCUGCAGGUGGCAGCCCACGAAUUUGGCCAUGUGCUCGGGCUGCAGCACACGACAGCUGCUAAGGCCCUCAUGUCCCCUUUCUACACCUUCCGAUACCCGCUGAGCCUCAGCCCGGAUGACCGCAGGGGCAUCCAGCACCUCUACGGCCGGCCUCGGCUAGCCCCCACCUCUAGGCCCCCAGACCUGGGCCCCGGGGCCGGGGUGGACAACAACGAGAUUGCACCACUGGAGCCAGACGCCCCACCAGAUGCCUGCCAGGUCUCCUUUGAUGCGGUCGCCACCAUCCGUGGCGAACUCUUCUUCUUCAAGGCAGGCUUUGUAUGGCGGCUGCGCGGGGGCCGGCUGCAGCCCGGCUACCCUGCACUGGCCUCGCGCCACUGGCAGGGGCUGCCUACUUCCGUGGAUGCAGCCUUCGAGGAUGCCCAGGGCCACAUCUGGUUCUUCCAAGGAGCUCAAUACUGGGUAUACGAUGGUGAGAAGCCAGUCCUGGGCCCCGCGCCCCUCUCUGAGCUGGGCCUGCUGGGGUCCCUGGUCCACGCCGCCCUGGUCUGGGGCCCUGAGAAGAACAAGAUCUACUUCUUCCAAGGCGGAGACUACUGGCGCUUCCACCCCAGCACCCGCCGUGUGGACAGCGCCGUGCCCCGCCGGGCCACCGACUGGCGAGGGGUGCCCUCUGAGAUAGACGCUGCCUUCCAGGAUGCUGACGGCUAUGCCUACUUCCUGCGCGGCCGCCUCUACUGGAAGUUUGACCCUGUGAAGGUGAAGGCCCUGGAGGGCUUCCCCCGCCUCGUGGGCCCCGACUUCUUUGGGUGUACCGAGCCUGCCAAUACUUUCCGAUAACCACGGCUUGGAUGUCUUCAGGGCCCCUAAUCCCUGCCAGGACACUGACAUCGGCUGGAGACCAUGGCCAUCUUUGUGGCUGUGGGUACUG